AUGCUAUCAGAAACCAUAAAAAAAGUGAAAAGUUAUAGACAAUCUGGAUAUAUUCAGAUGAAAAUUGCUGCAAAGGAGAUAGCAGAGAAUCUCGAAUGCAGUACAGAAUUUCCUGAUGACACUGAAGUUAGACCCAGAAGGAAAAAGCGUCAAUUUGACUAUGAAAAAGCUGUCGAUGAACCCUUAAUAGAGGAGAAAAAAUUUAAAAUAAACUUUUUCAACUAUAUUCUGGACAUUACCCUUAAUUCUCUGAAUGAACGAUUCACGCUUCUGGAAACCCAUAGCAAAAAAUUUCAGUUCUUAUAUGACAUUUUAAAACUCAAGGAUAUAGAUGACAAAACGCUAGAAAAUUAUUGUUCCAGUCUUGAGUUUAUACUUUCGGUUGAAAAUGAAACAGAUAUAAAUGCAAAUGACCUUAGAGAAGAAUUGCGUGAUGUAUCCAGAAUGCUACCAUAUUCUACGAAACCUUUGGAUGUUUUAAAUUAUUUAUGCCAAAAUAGCUUAAUUAGUUUGUAUCCAAAUACUGUUGUAGCUCUGAGAAUUUUAUUAACUCUCCCUGUAUCUGUAGCUAGUGGGGAAAGAAGUUUCUCCAAAUUAAAAUUAAUAAAAAACUACUUAAGAAGUUCAAUAGGACAAACAAAACUUAAAAAUUUGGCAUUAAUUUCUAUUGAAUCUGCAAUGGCUAGCACUCUAGACUACACAUCAGUAAUUAACGAAUUUACUAAAGUUAAAGUUAGAAGAGUUAAGCUGUAA